AUGUUGACUGUGCUUGGAAGAUUACUCGAGAGAAACUCAAUUUACGUGGGUACUAUUUUUGCUGGUGCUUUUGCAUUUCAAGGAUUCUUCGACGUGGCUAUUAACAGAUGGUGGGAUGCUCACAACCACGCUAAAUUGUGGUCUACAGUGAAGAGCAAUUUCAUUGAAGGUGGCGAUGACGACGAAGAUGAUGAAUAA